CUUUUCGUGGCGACGGCGGUGGCUCUCUCGCCGGCGUCGAGGCCACCGUCUGCGGCUGCCGGCGGCGUCGAGCAUCCUGUUCCGCUCUCUUCCUCCUACCGCGCCUUCCGCCUCCCUGCCCUUUCUCUCAAUCACACAAGGCAGCAGCCGUCCUCGCCCCCGCCGGCCUCUGCUCCGCCGUCCUCGCCUCCCGUCCCUGUGGUAUCGCCGACGCCGAGCGAGCGCAGGGUCGCCGGCCUCGCAUCCGUGAGUCUCCUCCUCCACCGCCGGUCCCCCCUCCCUCAGCAGCCUGUGCGCCCCCUGACCUAAACCCUAGUCCAAGGCCGCAGCUGCCACAGGCCCCUGACCUAAACCCUAGUCCAAGGCCGCAGCUGCCAGGUGGCAGCGGCGGUGGACCGGCGAGCCGACGGUAGGAUGGCUGCCCUGGAGUAACCGGCUGCGCACAGGAUCGGCAUUCAGCAGUUUAUACCUUGAGAAUUGGUCACCAUGGCAUGGGAGCUGACUGAGGUCCCAGGCAACCCAACUCCCUCCCUCCGUGACUCUACAGUUGAUGUAGUUGCUGCCAAGAUUGAGCCGAAAUUAGCCAAUGGUCUCAUUCGGCAAUUGAGUCAGGCAUGCCCAUUGGAAAAUCUUCGGCAUGUAAAGCGGGUUCGUCGGUGCCUUGAAUAUGAAAAAUCUGGCUUAUCUAUUAUCUUAUGCCUUGCAACUGAGCCUGAAAAUUGUAGCGAAUUGUUUCCUCAAGAUGUAAAAAAGAUUGUGGAUUCCUAUCAAUUGAGUCCUUUCAUUGCAAAAGUGGCCAGGUUUCCUGCUACUUCGAAAGAGGAGUGGGAGGAACAGUGCAAACUUUGGCCAACAUCCUAUCAUCCCCACCACGACCUAAAUUAUGUAUCUGCAUUCAAAGAGAGUGAAUUGCCAUCAAUAUUUAAUUGCAUGAGGACUGCUAUUCAAUUAUCUGAGGUGGGCAAUGCUGCUGUUAUUGUUGAUCCAUCAACCAUGCAGAUAAUUGCAAAGGCUACGGACCAAACGCUCCAGCAUGAUAAUUUAAACAGUAACAAAUGUGCUGAAUUGAAUUCAGAUAGCCCCUUCUCAUCGCAUGAAGCAGCUGAGAAGAAAGAACCGUUCCUGUCAAGCUCCCAUGUUUCUAAAUGCAACAUCCUGAGUAUGGAGGCGUCAUGUUUAAACCCUUGGGCAUGGAUGAAACAAAGGUCAUCUGAGCAGAAGUCAUUGCCCUGUGAAGGCGGUUUUCCAUGGCACCCUCUGAGACAUGCAGCCAUUGUUGCUAUUGAAAAUGCCGCGGAGAGGGAUAAAGUGAUGUUCCCUUCGAUUAAUUCAAUGACCAAUCCAAAUUCAAAUGGAAAUGUGGAGUAUUACCCUGUUAAUGAAUCAGCAAAGCGACUAAAGGUGGAUAGAAAAGAUGAUGAAGAAUUUGUGCAUGAAGAAAGCUGUGAUGAUUUAUCAGAAACAAGGCCAUACCUUUGUACAGGGUUUGACAUUUACCUAGUUUGGGAACCAUGCUCAAUGUGUGCCAUGGCACUUGUACAUCAAAGGUUUAAGCGAAUCUUCUAUGCUUUCCCUAAUCCAAUUACUGGAGCACUGGGCAGUGUCUACAGAUUGCACGGGGAGAAAAGUUUAAAUCAUCAUUACUCUGUAUUUAGGAUAAAAGUGCCUGAGUCAUAUGCGAAUGGUUUGGGCGAUCACUCUGAUGAUGCAACUUCCAUGGAAAAACCUAAUUAGCAUGCUCCCGUACGCAUGAAGGGCGCCUAUGUUCCAGUUUUAAUUUUUCAUGUACAGCUUGUCAUCUUAUCACUAAAAUUCGCCAUGCAACCUCUGAACUGCAUGGUUUUCAUUGGCUAUUUUUUCGUGCUAUGCAGAAUUCACUGGUUUUGUUCGUGCUUUCUUUCACGAUCGCGUCGUUGAUCUUGUGACACCCAGAGGAAAUGAAUAUUCGUUCAUAAUACCAUUUAACGUAUUGGAGUUGAUUCUUGUGGCUUUACCUUGUGCUCAUAUCUUAAUAGCAUUUACAUUUGAUGUGUAUUGUUAAUAUGUUACAUCU